AUGCUCAGCUCACAAUCACGUCUAGCAACUUCUCAUCCAUUCAGUCGUCUCACAGCAUUUAUUGAUCAGCAAGGAGUUGCUCGUGUGGGAGGACGACUCAAGAAUUCCACCCUCAAUUAUGAAGGCAAACACCCUGCAAUACUCCCUCGCCAUUCGAGAUUGUCUGAAUUAAUCAUUAGCUGGUCCCACCAACGGACACUACAUGGAGGAACGCAACUCACCUUGGCGCAUAUCAGGCAAUCCUAUUGGAUCAUCGGUGGACGUGCUCCAGUAAAAUCUCAUAUCUUGCGGUGUGUGGUGUGUGCUCGACAAAGGGGGAUUCGUGCCCAUCAACUGAUGGGCCAACUACCUCUGCCUCGGGUCACACCCUCACGUGCAUUCACGCAUACGGGCAUCGAUUACGCUGGACCACUCACACUCAAAACAUGGAAGGGAAGAGGAGCCAAAACUCACAAGGGCUGGAUUUGUGUGUUUGUCUGUCUCACCACAUCUGCAGUUCAUUUAGAAGUUGUUUCAGACUACUCAACGGACGGAUUCAUCUCAACGUACAGAAGAUUUGUCUCAAGAAGAGGCAUCCCUCAUUCAUUGUACUCUGACUGUGGCACAAACUUUGUCGGAGCAGAGAAAUCACUCCAGACAUUGUUCACAGAGAGUUCGCAAGACAACCGGCGCAUCUCAUCUCUGCUUGCUCAAGAUCGCACUCAAUGGAUUUUCAAUCCACCAGCUGCUCCACACAUGGGUGGCAAAUGGGAAGCAGUGGUAAAAUCACUCAAACACCACUUGCGUCGUACCAUAGGAGAGACGUUGCUCACAUUCGAAGAAACGACAACCCUGCUUGCUCAGAUUGAAGCGAUCUUGAACUCACGACCUCUCGAACCACUCAGCGACGACUCAGAUGACAUCUCAGCGCUCACCCCAGGACAUUUUCUCAUCGGAAGUGCUCUCACAUCAGUACCGGAGCCAUCACUGAAGGACUUAGCAACCGCAAGGUUAUCCCGAUGGCAAUUCAUACAACAGCGAGUACAGCAAUUUUGGUCUCAAUGGUCAGCUCAAUAUCUGCAACGACAACAAGCAAUCUCGAAGUGGCAUCACCUAUCCAACGACAUACAAGUGGGCACAUUGGUUCUCAUCACCGACGAGAGGCUCCCGCCAUGUAAGUGGCCAUUAGCCAGAGUCUCCACCCUGAUGCCAGCCAAGGAUGGACUCACCCGCGUGGUGACCCUGAAGACACCCACGACGACACUCACCAGACCAAUCACCAAGCUGGCACCGCUGCCCAUUGCUCAUCAAGGCCAAGCUCAACAUCCGUAG